AAGGGCAAGGAAGGCGGUGUCAUCGGCAAACUGGAGAAGGUGGACGGGGGGUGACGGCGGCGGCAUGUCCGCCGUGUACAACAAGUACAGAAGGGGGGAGAGGACGGAGCCUUGGGGCACACCGGCGGAGGGGAAAAAGGUGUAGGAAUCGGUGUUAUGGAUAGUGACAUGGGAAGGACGGCGGGAGAGAAAGGAACCGAUCAGACGAACGUAGUUAAUGGGAAGGGCGAAGGUUUGGAGCUUGAAGAGGAGACCGGAAUGCCAUACGCGGUCAUAUGCGCGUUCGAGGUCAAGAGAGAGGAAGAUUGCGGAGCGACGGGAAUUGAGCUGUUCGGAAAGGAGAUGAGUGAGGUGAAGGAGAAGAUCGUCGGAAGAGAAGGACGGCCGAAAGCCACACUGGGUAACGGGGAGGAGGCGGUGCUGGCGGAGAUGCUGGUGGAUGCGGCGGGUGAGGAUAGAUUCCAGGACCUUGCUGAAGACCGAGGUAAGGCUGAUGGGACGGUAGGAGGAAACGGCGGACGGCGGUUUGCCAGGUUUGAGGAACAUGAGGAUACGGGAGGUUUUCCACAGGUCGGGGUAGUAACCAGUGGACAGGACUACAUUGUAGAGCCUGGCCAGGGUGGAGAGAAAAGAGACAGGAGCUUCACGAAGGUGACGGUAGGUGACACGAUCGUGACCAGGAGCGGUGUUGCGUUUGGUGCGGAGUGUAGUAAUGAGAUCCUGUGUAGUGAUGGGGGCGUUAAGUUCCGUGUGUGGAAUGUUGUCCAAGUACUGGAAACCAGGAGCGAGGGGAGGGACAGAGGUGUCAGUUCGAUCGCGGAUAUCUGGGAAGAGGGAGUAAUCGAACUGGGGAUCAUCAGGGAUGGAAAACACAUCGGACAGGUAGGAGGCGAAGUGAUUGGCCUUACUAAGGGCGUCAGGGAAGGGGUGAUCAUCGUGGAGAAGAGGAUAGUAGGGGGAGGGUUUGGUUCCGGUAAGGCGACGGAAGGCGGUCCAGAACUUGGACGAGUUUACAGGGAGGGUAGCAUUUAAACGGGUGCAUGUCUGUCGCCAGUCCCGGCGUUUCUUAGCCGCGAGCAAAUUUCGAAUGUGUCGCUGUAGUUGCCGGUGGCGUCGUAGGGUGUCCGGGUCACGCGUGCGGAGGAAGGCACGGUAGAGACGACGGGAUUCACGGAGGAGGAGGACGGCCUGUGGUGGUAAGGUAGGACGGUGGGGGUGGAUUGCAACAGUAGGGACGUGGGCCUCCACGGCCUCAGACAAGGUCUGCUGGAGAAAGGAGGCGGCAUGGGUGACAUCAUCGGGACGGCGGUAGGCGAGAGGGUGGCUAUCGACCUGAGUGGAGAGGGUAUCCCGGUAGGCAUUCCAGUCGGCACGGGAAU